AUGGUCGGCAUCAACACAAACAGCGUUAACAACAUGGACGGCGUCAACACAAACAGCAACCACAACAUAGUCGGCGUCUACACAAACAGCGCUAACAACAUGGUCGGCGUCAACACAAACAGCGCUAACAACAUGGUCGGCGUCAACACAAACAGCGUUAACAACAUGGUCGGCGUCAACACAAACAGCGUUAACAACAUGGUCGGCGUCAACACACACAGCACCAAUAAAACUGACAGCGUCAACACAAACAGCGCUAACAACAUAGUCGGCGUCAACACAAACAGCGCUAACAACAUGGUCGGCAUCAACACAAACAGCGUUAACAACAUGGUCGGCGUCAACACAAACAGCGCUAACAACAUGGUCGGCAUCAACACAAACAGCGCUAACAACAUGGUCGGCAUCAACACAAACAGCGUUAACAACAUGGUCGGCGUCAACACAAACAGCGCUAACAACAUGGUCGGCAUCAACACAAACAGCGUUAACAACAUGGACGGCGUCAACACAAACAGCGUUAACAACAUGGUCGGCGUCAACACAAACAGCACCAAUAACAUGGUCAGCGUCAACACAAACAGCGUUAACAACAUAGUCGGCGUCAACACAAACAGCGUUAACAACAUGGUCGGCGUCAACACAAACAGCGUUAACAACAUGGUCGGCGUCAACACAAACAGUGUUAACAACAUGGUCGGCGUGAACACAAACAGCGCUAACAACAUAGUCGGCGUGAACACAAACAGCGCUAACAACAUGGUCGGCAUCAACACAAACAGCGCUAACAACAUGGUCGGCGUCAACACAAACAGCGCUAACAACAUCGUCGGCGUCAACACAAACAUUGUUAACAACAUGGUCGGCGCCAACACAAACAGCGUUAACAACAUGGUCAGCGUCAACACAAACAGCGCUAACAACAUGGUCGGCGUCAACACAAACAGCACCAAUAAAUUUGACAGUGUCAACACAAACGGCAUGAACAUCAUGGAUGGCGUCAACACAAACAGCGCUAACAACAUCGUCGGGGUCAACACAAACAGUGUUAACAACAUGGUCGGCGCCAACACAAACAGCGUUAACAACAUGGUCAGCGUCAACACAAACAGCGCUAACAACAUGGUCGGCGUCAACACAAACAGCACCAAUAAAUUUGACAGUGUCAACACAAACGGCAUGAACAUCAUGGAUGGCGUCAACACAAAGAACACCAACAACACUGACAGCGUCAACACAAACAGCACCAACAUCAUGGACAGCACAAAACACACCAAAACACUGCCAGCAUCAACAAUAACAACAAUACCCAGCCAUCAACAGCAACGACACCAACAACGUCAACACGAACAUUAUGUGACCAAAACAACCAACAAUACCAAACAAUCACAAAUAACAUCUUUAUCAAUACCAACACUGACAACAAUAACAGCACACCAAACAACAGCACAAGAGUGA